AACAACUUUAGGACAAACACUUUCUGCUAACACACACUCUCUCUCUCUCUCUCUCUCAUCCUGUUUUUCUUGCACUCUGUUUUCCCUUAUUUGUAGCCAAAGACAUGACCCUGCAACAGUGCUACAACAACUACAGCACCCCCUUCUGCCACCAAGAAAAUAAUGGCAUGAUCAAUCACACUCAACACAACUUAAAUUCCACUUAUACCCCUCCACCUACGUCAAUGGAGCUGGAGAAUUCCACCAACGAUGAGGAAAAUCAUGGCAGCGCAAAGGGCUCGGAAACAAGUGGAGUGUUUGCAGUGAAGGGGAAGAGGGAGAAAAUGGGUGGCGAUGGUCAAGGGCAGUCGAAGGUUUGCGCCAGAGGGCAUUGGAGACCUGCUGAGGAUUCUAAACUUAUUGAGCUUGUUGCUCUCUAUGGCCCUCAGAAUUGGAACCUUAUUGCUGAGAAUCUCAGUGGAAGAUCAGGCAAGAGUUGCAGAUUGAGAUGGUUCAACCAACUAGACCCAAGGAUCAACAAAAGAGCAUUCGCUGCAGAAGAAGAGGAGAGGCUACUGACAGCUCACAGAGUCUAUGGAAACAAAUGGGCAAUGAUUUCCAGGCUUUUCCCCGGUAGGACAGAUAACGCAGUGAAGAACCACUGGCACGUUGCUAUGGCCAGGAAAUACAGAGAGCAGUCGAGUGCUUAUAGGAAAAGGAAUCUGAAACUGAGUCAAGCUGAUUAUGCAAUGCUGGAGGAGGAGGGUGCGAGUUCAAGCUUUUGCUGCAGGGGUACAACCUCUGGAACUGAUCAGGCAAAUGGUUUGAGCUUGUGUGAUGGGGGUUUUAUUAGCCCUGCCCAGUUCCAGUUUGCUGUUUCCAUUGGUGGGUUUGGCGAAGAUCCGGCGGUGUCGAGCGGAGGGAAUUUGUUGCUUGAUUCUUCAGGUUUCAAGAGAGAUGGAAAUGGAAUGACCAGUUUCGACAGCCAGAACAAGUUUUGGGACAAGUCCAGAGAUGAUUCUUCCACCUCCUGCAUUGGUCUCCGUCCCUCUUCACUAAUUAGCUCCAACAAUGAGCUAAUUUCAUGUUUAUCAGAAACCAUGGGAGGAGUACCGACGUCUCAAGUCACAGUACCAUCAGCUGCAGAGAACAGAGCAACCAGCCAUUUUGAGCCCACUGUUUCCCCACCAUUUAUAGACUUCCUUGGAGUUGGAGCCACAUGAUCAAGUCAGAGAAAAUAAAGCAAAAGCUGGAAGGAAAAGAUUUGGAAAAUGAAGAAGAAGAUUUGGAUGUGGUGGAUAUAAUUUUGUUUAGAAGAUAUAUGCUGCUCCGUUCGAAAAAGAAAAUCCGGUCCGCAAGAAGAUAAUUUUCCAAAAAUACAUUUUUGUCAAAAGAAUUCGAGAUUUUAUCGGCAAAUCGAAAGAAUUCCUCGAUAUCUACUAAUUAGUAGUAACGAAAAUGUAUAUUUUUUGAAGUUCUCGUUUUACGGACCGUAAUCUCUUUAUUAUGGAACGGAGGGAGUAUCAUUUAGUUUAGACUUCAGAGGUGAAGAGGGGGAAUUAGUUGUUGAUAUGGUGGCAAAUAUUUCAGUAUCAAUUCCUUGUAACUGGCCUUCUGACCAGA